AUGGCCACUAUUUCUCGUCAGCCUUUUGCUCCACUCGACGGAGCUCGUUUGCAGGGCUUGACGAGCUUGAAGAACAGACAGAAUGCAAUUGCAUCCCCUUCCAAUACCAAACGCAAAGCCGAGCUCUUUGAUGCCGAUGAUUUCGAAAAUGUCGACCCUCUCGCCUCUGCUAAGCGCACCAAAGGCGCCUCGGGCACCCCAACCAAGGAUAUCCUGAAGAAGCCCAUGUCAUACGUUCUCACCAGAGCCGCCACCACACCUACUGCCCAUGUUCGAGCCUUGGCCAGCCCUGUAAAGCCUUCUACGGCACCUCGGCGAGCCCUUCAGCCCAAGUCUCCCAUUGCCAAGCUCAACACCAAUGUCACCAAGUCUUCGCCUAUUUCUGCCCCCGCUGGCCGUUCGCCAACUCGUGGAAAGAGAUCGGGCAUUCUUUCCAACCGACGACGCACCGCCGGCCCUUACACCCGCGUUGACCCCCCCUCAUUCUCCCUCGACUCUGCUGCUCCCUUUUCACUCGACGCCGCUCUCAAGGGCACGAUUCCCAGCUAUGGUUCUCGUCCUCGCUCCAAUGCUCUCUCACAGGGCAGUGCCCCGUCUCUCGGCGAGCCUGAUAUGAAGGCCAGCUGGUUCUUUGACAUCCACGAGGACACUCCGGAGCAGGAGAUGACCAACCUCCUUCAACACGGCACAUGCGUCUUGGACAUUUCAUCCGAUGAGGAGAGUGAGCAGAAGGCAAGGCGAGAAAAUGCCGAAGGCCGUGACAAGGAGAACAUCCCUCCUGUUGAUGAUGUAUCUCAAACAUCUGCACGGCGUGCUCGCGCUCUUGCUGCCGAUGACAUGAUUGUCGAGAAGGAGCGGAUCGCACUCGGCGAGAUGAACACGGCCGACUUUUACGCCGACGGGUGUGACAAGUCGUCUGUUAUUAUUGUGCCUGCAGAUGAUGAAGAGCAGGAACAGAGUGCAGACGAGGCACACACCGGGCAAGACUUUGCCUUUGCCCCAGAACUAGUGAAAACCAGCUCUCCCAGCAAGGAUAUUGAGGAGCUAAUGGCCAAGUCUGAGUCACCUUCGAAAGCAGCUGUUCUGCGGCCCAUUGAAGGCACUGGCGAAAGUUUUGAUCUGUGGGAGAGCGGGAGCGCACAGGAUGAAACAGAGCUCUCAUGA